UUCCCGGCAUGCCUCAGGACAGGCUUUCGGUUGCGCAGGAAGGAAGUUGAGAAACUGUCGGGCUGGAGCGGCGGCGGUGCCCGAGUGACGGGCUGCACUACCUUAAGCGUGGUCAUGUUUCUCCAGUAUUUCUUGAACGAGCAGGGAGAUCGGGUGUAUACGCUGAAGAAAUUUGACCCGAUGGGACAACAGACUUGCUCAGCCCAUCCUGCUCGGUUCUCCCCGGACGACAAAUACUCGCGACACCGAAUCACCAUCAAGAAGCGCUUCAAGGUGCUCAUGACCCAGCUGCCGCGCCCGGUCCUCUGAGGGUUCCUUCAAAGUCCUGUCUCGUCUGCCUCCUGCUACCCUUCGGAGACUCCGUAACCAAACGUCAAUCCGUGAGCCAAGAAGCCUUCUUACCACCCCGGGUCUUUGGAAGCCAGUCUCUUCAUUGCCUUUGAUAAUGCUUGUGUGAGGCAGUCAUGGUGGCAUCCCCAUUAAAGGGAACAAGUUUGACUUCAUAUUUUGAAUUAUUGCCAGGUUAUUAAAGAUAAAAUAACUCGAAA